UUAAAAAGAAAAAUGUUCUGCACUUCCCACUCGGUUCAGCGCUGGUUCUUUGCUCAUCUCUCCUUCUUACGUUUCGAGAUUCCACAGCAGGAAGAAAUAAGUUCCUGUGGGUUUGCAUUUUAAUAGAUUUGCUAGUCUUUAGCGAUCUCCUCCUCCCUUCACACACAUGCAGGCACACUUUCCUGCUGUUCUGUUGGGGUGCAAGGACUGAAUAUUUCUGACCUAGGGCUUUUCAGCUUCAGCAUGGCUAGGGUGCUGUUGCCGGCAGAGAAUGUCCCUUUUUAUGAAUUUGCGAACGACAGCGAACACCUGGCACCUGCAACGGACAAUGACACAUUGGAGGAGAAUUGGCCAGAUGACAUUCCUCUUGGGCUGGGUACCAUUUGCACUAUAUACGUUACCUACGCCACCAUCAUUUCAGUGGGUCUUCUUGGAAACGUGAUCCUUAUUAAAGUCUUCUUCAAGAUCAAGUCGAUGCAGACGGUUCCAAACAUCUUCAUCACUAGCCUCGCUUUUGGGGACGUGAUUCUUCUCGUGACUUGCGUGCCCGUGGAUGCUGCCUGUUACCUGGUGGACACCUGGUUGUUUGGAAGAAUUGGGUGCAAGCUGCUGUCCUUUAUCCAAAGAACAUCAGUGGGAGUCUCUGUGUUCACUUUAACUGUGCUCAGUGCAGACAGGUACAAAGCCAUCGUGAAACCCUUGGAGCUACAACGGGCAGAUGCCGUUCUGAGGACCUGUUUCAAAGCCGCUUGCGUUUGGAUUGUCUCCAUGCUCUUAGCCGUCCCGGAAGCCGUGUCUUCUGAUCUCUACGCUUUCCACCUUUCCGACAAGAACACCUCUUUGGAGACCUGCGCCCCUUACCCGGUGUCUGAAAGAAUCCUGCAAGAGGCCCAUUCGCUGAUUUGCUUCUUGAUCUUUUACAUCGUCCCGCUCGCUGUCAUCUCCAUCUAUUAUUUCCUUAUCGCCAAAACACUCUACAAGAGCACAUUGAACAUGCCGGCGGAAGAACAUGGGCACGCUCGUAAGCAGAUUGAAUCCCGCAAGAGAGUUGCGAAAACCGUACUAGUCUUGGCUGGCUUAUUUGCCUUGUGUUGGCUUCCGAACCACAUUCUUUACCUGUACCGCUCCUUCACCUAUCAUACUUCAAUAGAUACCUCUGCUUUCCAUCUUAUUUCCACUAUCUUUUCACGGGUUUUGGCCUUCAGCAAUUCUUGCGUCAACCCCUUUGCGCUGUAUUGGCUAAGUAAAAGUUUCCGUCAGCAUUUUAAGAAGGAGGUUUUGUGUUGCAAACCUAAGGCUCCUGCUGCACAGCCUCCCAGCGUCACGCAGAGCAACACCAUGACCAGGGCGAUGUCAGUUACAGGGUCCGAGAUCAGCGUCACCUUGUUAACAGAUUACAGUAUCACCAAGGAGGAAGAGAGUGUCUAAUUCUGCCUGUUUCGAGGACAAUCGCCACACCAAGAUCCAUCAGAUGGGGACCUAGGGGAAAAAACUGUACAUGUGUAAGCAUCUUCAGUGGAGCACUUUCUAUAGCAUUGCAUAGAAUUUACACACCAAGAGCAGUUCUGCGGAAAACAGCAUCUACCUAUUCCACACAUCGAAGGUUUCCCCGCUAGAGCGUGCUGCUUCGGUGCUGUUACACUUGAUCACGCUACAGAAAUCUUUCUCAUCUCUUUGCCUUUGCAAAAGUAAGACAGAUCUUGGCCUUUGGAGCAGAACAAGAGCUUGUGCUGAUGAACAUUUAACAACUCUUAGAACACAGGAGAGCAAGCAGGAAAGUUGGAAUCCUAAACACAUUUUCAAAGAAGCAGAGAGAAUGGGAAAAGUUGGUUUUUCUGGAUCACAGCACCCACAAUAUCCCAGCCUGUAUGGCCAGAAAAUGCUGCAAAACAGGAUAUCCCACAGAACAGGCUGGGAACUGUUUCUAAAUAAACACCCCUAUGGUUUAAUUAUUUCCCAUUGUUGGGGCUACAGAAGAGAAGCAGAGAGGAGCCAUUCUGAUCUAUAAUGCUUAUCUUAUCGCCACAAGGUGUGAAACAGUUGGGUAGCUUUUAAGUGUGAGUGGGGCAUGAAGAAAAGGCCUGUUAGUGGAUACUACGGGCUAGAAAGAUACAUGGCAGAGUGUCGUUCUCACUGGUAUAUUAGGAUCAAAAUCUGUAAUUUUUUUAUUUUUGUUUCAUUUCCCCCAAGAAUUAGGCUUUGAAGCUCAGCAUGAUGCGUUUGCUUUUAGUUUGUACACCUCUUUCUCUGGAUUCUAAGACUGCUCUGUGCUUUUACACAACAAGUUGUUUAAAUUUCAACUACUUAACUUUCAUUUUUCAAUGUCAAACUUAAGUUUUGGUUGUUUAAAGGUGAAGCUUUUAAUGCACAGCUACCUGUAUGUGUUUCCCCACCCCUAUCUCUGGCCAUUAUAUUUAGCUUAGGUUGUUUGUGAUGCAGCGUUAACUGGCCAGGACAGACAAAAGCCAAGCUCAGAAAAAAUUGUUAUGAAAAAGUUCCAUUUGGGUUCCUUUAUAGUAUUUAAGGAUCAGCUCAAGUGCAAAAAGCAAAUGUACAUUUCUUUCUCUUACAAUGUUUAUCUCUCUCGCUCUCUCUGCACGCAAACUCUUCAGAGCUCUGUGCCUGAGCAAUCCGUCUUGCAAAUAAAGCUGUUAUCCCUCCCUCUCCCACCCCUGUAAGAGACCUGACGGUCCACUCAGUCCUUGCCCCCUUUCAGGAACAGUAUAUGAGAAGUGGUGAUGUAGAUCACGACAGCAGAUCUUCAGCUCUGAGAGAGACCCACAACGCUGGCAGUAAUAAACCAGCUAUUUUCUCAAAUAUUUUUCUCCUCUGUUUUGUCCUUCACUGCUAAUUUGUUGAUCUUUUACUGUAACCAUCUUUUCAUUUACAUGUAACUUCCUACUGAUGCUAGAAAUUUGCAGGCUUAUCCAUUUGUUAUCUUGGCAUAUUUCCUACUCUUUAUGCAAUUGCUUUUUAUGGUCGUUCUGUUUUUAAUUUAUUGCUUAUUUAAUAAAGUUUGUCCUUGCUAGAGAAAAGGGACAUGAAAAUCGCAAAGCACUCUGUAAACCAAAAGGUACCGUCAAAAUGCAAGACAUGCACUUGAACACGUGCUCUGACAAACAGACCUCCUUUCUCCACUCCCGAAGCACUGUUUCUAAACACAUGCUAAAUCUCGUUUGACCUUUCCUUGGG